GCCCGCUGUGGCGGCGGCAACAUGGCGGACGUGUUAAGUGUCGGCGUGAACCUGGAAGCCUUUGCCCAGGCCAUCAGUGCCAUCCAGGCGCUGCGCUCCAGCGUGAGCAGGGUAUUCGACUGCCUGAAGGAUGGCAUGCGCAACAAGGAGACGCUGGAGGGCCGGGAGAAGGCCUUCAUUGCGCACUUCCAGGACAACUUGCAUUCGGUCAACCGGGACCUCAAUGAGCUGGAACGGCUGAGCAACUUGGUCGGCAAGCCUUCUGAGAACCAUCCUCUCCAUAACAGCGGGCUGUUGAGUCUGGAUCCCGUGCAGGACAAAACCCCGCUCUACAGUCAGCUCCUUCAGGCAUAUAAGUGGUCAAACAAGGAGCCUGCUUGUGUAUUUGCCUGAAAAGGGGGCGAAGACUUCAGCCUUUUCCUGGUGAUGUCUCAAGCAGCAAAGACCCCAGAAGUGUCGCUUUCUCCCUGGGUUGGGAAAUGGGCCCUGAGGAAGGGGCUGGCGCUGCCUUUUCUUUGUUUUUGCGUGCUUAAUUUUCCACUUUUAUUAGAGAAAGAGCAAAUUUCGAUUCCAAGGGUAUUCAGUUGGAAAGGCUGAAGGCAUUUGCUCCACUCUACCUUCCCGAGCUGUUCUUAUCAGAAUCUAGUUACUCAGUGGCUUUAAGUUGCUAUAACAUUCAUGUCCCUCAUGUCCAGCCUUGAAGGUGCUCUUGACGUUUUGGCAUCAUGGAGCUAAUGGGUAGGAUUGGUUAAAACUGCAACACGGAGCCUUUUCCCUUAGGGGCCCCGUCCUCUUUUAGGUCCCUGCGGAGAGAGACUGUGUCCCUCUCGUUCCCAGGGGGGAGUCCCCAGCGCCUAGCAGGGCUCCUGGUACUCGGUGCACAGUCAAUUAAAAUUCACUGAAUGAAUGAAAGAAUAAGUAAAAAGGGUUUUCUGUUGAAUUUUUAGUUUACGGCCCCUUGUGUGGUUUGCUUGCUUGUGUUUGGGCCAUUACUGAGAAAUUUAGUUGUGCUACUGGUAGAUGAGAGAAAAUUCUCAGGUCCUGUGCUGGAGGCCAGGGCCAGAUUCCAGAAGCGUAAUUUGGAAGGAAAGGUGAGGUCAGUUGGUGAACUGAUGAUAAGCUCUUUGAGGGCUGAGGUUGGAAGUUUCGUCUGUGUUGCCUGUCACCUGGUGUUCCCUUCCUGAGAGAGGCGGGUUGGCAGCCAGUGCUCAGGAGCGGGUAGGACGUGGUAGAAGUCGUCCGGAGUUGACUGAGUCAGCCUGAUUUGAGCGACAGCACCUGAUGUCAGGUGUUCUGCGGCAGCUGUUGUUUUGCAGAAAUGCGAAAACUGGGAAGAGGCGAGUCAACCCCAUCAGCCUCUUAGGGAUUAUCCCACUUGGUGUGUUAUCAAUAACUAAUUUCUGUUCCUAGUGUUUUCCUUAUCACCAGACUCACCCCCGGCUCACUCAGGGAAUAUGGAUUCAUUCAGAACAUAAUGAGGAAAGAAAAUCACUUAAAGGCCCCCCAAAGCCUUAAUCAUCGUGGCUGUGAACCACGCACUGUUCUGCAUUGUUAUUAUUAGCAGAGGUGCAGGUACCAUUCUUAGAGGUGUUCUUCCACCUAAAUCUAACCUUCCUGGCUCCCUGUCACUCAGCAUGAACUUACCAGCAGAGUGAGUUUGAUUGCAAUAGUGGCUGCCCUAGUUGGCCUUGAACGCUGCACCCUUCUCCUCCCUCCCCACCCAAAGCCCUGAUACUGUGUGAGCCAUUAUGAAAAGAACAAAGAGUAACACAACCAAACAGGAAAAAGAACCAAACAAAACCAAUCUCCGGGGUUUCUAGGUACUGUUGGAUUCAGAAGUAAA